AUGAAAUUUCAUACUACAAUAUAAAAUAGCUUUAAAGAAUAAUUUAAGUCAAAAAAAUAGGUUGUAUUAAAUGAUAAUCUUUAGAUUUACAAAUAAAUAAUUUAAAAUUAAGAAUUAUUUCUCUAAUUCUAAAAUAAAUAUUUUAUUUAAGAUUGCAAUUUACCCAUGGAAGACAAGAUAACUUCGAUUGUUACAGAUGAUAGAAUAGAUGAAAUCCUACAUCGAAAUUCAACUAAAGAAGAGCUUCAUCUAAUUCUAGAUUAUAUCAUUAUGGACUAUAAAAAAUUCUCAAUGACAGAUAAAAUACUGCUGCAAUCUCAAAAGAUGCAAAAACUAACAUUAGAGGAAUGUGUGGAUAAUCGUUUUGUGUAUUUGUUUGUUCCUGGAGUGAAAAAUUCGAUGGAUUCCACUUCUCAAAAAGAAGUCAGAUAUACCUAUGAGCCUAAAGAUGGGAAGAUUUGUAAAGAAAAGUAUAGGAAUGGACGCAAAACUGAAUCCACAGAAAUCACAUUUGAACAAAUAAAGAAAAUGCUGUCAUCUUUCAAUUAAAGCACAGGGGCGUUUUUGUCAAGCAAACCUAAUUUUGCAGAGAGCAGAUUUAUUGCUCCUUUACUCCCAUAAGAAGAGGUGGCAAAGAGGGCAAAGGUUCAAGUAAAGGGAGGUCAAAUGUAGUUUGCUUAAUUGCCAAGAAAGAAUAAGCCAGCUUUUAAGAAUUAUACUGCUGAAGAAAUUUCAAAACACAAUACACCUGGAGAUGUUUGGACAGUUUUAAAUGGAAAGGUGUAUGACAUUUCUAUAUAUGUGGAUUAUCAUCCUGGAGGAGCAGAAAAAUUGAUGUUGGGAGCAGGAAAAGACUGUACAAAAUUGUUUAACCAAUUCCAUCCUUGGGUCAAUGGACAUGCUUUUUUGGAGCAGGAUUAUAUUGGCAAUCUUAAGCAUUGA